CAUGUGCGACCGCGAGUCGGAACCGGCGAUACGAACAGCAGCAGCAGCAGCAGCAAGAGAAGCAGCAGCGCAAGGCAGUCGCUACCGCGGCGGACGCUCGCUCAUGCUCAUGGGAUAGGCGCACGCACCUGCACCAGCCGCGAUGAUCGCCGGGUCGGACAGCCUCAUGAACGUUCCGGUGGAGGCGACGGCGUUCCUGGGCGCUGUGGCAGCCUUCGUCGUGCUGCUGCUGGUGUUCUUCCUGUACCUCAACAAGAAGUGGUGCUUCUAUGGCGUGGGCGGCUUUCCUUGCUGUGACGAGCCGCUUGGCACCCGUACAGGACGUGCCAGCCACCACCUCGGGAAGGCGUACUCGUACGAGGAGCCGGAGUCGAGCUCGGACAGCGAGGAGGACGUGCUGCGGCGGCUGCAGCGCUCCGCCAGCCUCCACUCCGUCGUGCACGGCGCCUCCUCACCGGGUUGCUCGAGCGUCGGCGUUGGCGGCAGCGGUGGAGGCGGCGGAGGCGGCGCGAUGGUGGCAUGUGCGGGGCCUUCCGGAGACCCCGCGUCGCUGGCGGAGAAGGGCGCGGCGGCGGCCGCGGCGGAGCUGCGCCACAGAGACCCGCGCCACGGCGGCUACCGGCGCCUGCCGCAGCCGCAGCCGGACCCCGCCGCCAACCAAGACUGUAUCGUGGUGCUGCCACAGGAGAACGAGCACGACCACGACCAGGUGUUCGACGUGUCGGAGCUGACGCUGGCCGAGCAGCAGAGCCAGCUGGUGUCCAAGUGCGGACACCUCGAGGUGGCGUUCGCGUACGACGCGCCGAUGCGCAAGAUGACGGUGCGCGUGCUGCAGGCGCGCGACAUCCCCGCCAGGGACCGCGGCGGCCCCACGCACUCGCAGGUUCGCCUAGUCAUGCUGCCGAGCAAGAAGCAAAAACACAAGACCAAGAUUCGCCAGGGUGAAAACCCACAAUUUCUGGAGAGUUUCUUGUUGCACAGAGUCAACCCGGAGGAUGUGAACAGCAUGGGCGUCCGCUUCCGGCUGUACGGCUGCGAACGCAUGCGGCGCGAGCGCAUGAUCGGCGAGUGCGUCGUCAGCUUCGCGUCCGUCAACCUGGAACUGGAAACCGUUCUCUGGCUGGCGCUGGAGCCUCGUGCCAACCUCACGCUAAACUCAUCAGCCUCAGACCUCCUGAGCCUGGCUAGAAGUGACAGCACAGGAUCAACACAUUCGAUGCAGCAUGGAGGAGUCCCAGAGCUCCUCCUUGGUCUAGCAUACAAUGGGACUACUGGACGGCUGUCUGUUGAAGUUGUCAAAGGAAGUCAUUUCAGUUUGUUAAAUUAUCCACGUCACUGUCGAAAUAUGGCCAUGACACGCGCACCUGAUACCUUUGUGAAGCUUUGUCUGGUCAGCAGCACUGGUCAGGAGAUGGCAAGGAGCAAGACAUCUAUUCGGCGAGGCCAGCCUAAUCCAUUGUUUAAAGAGACAUUCAUGUUCCAGGUAGCACUGUUCCAGUUGCCAGAUGUAACACUCAUGGUAUCAGUAUACAGCAAGCGCAGCAUGAAGCGGAAGGAGAUGAUCGGAUGGUUUUCUUUGGGUUUAAAUAGCUCUGGAGAGGAGGAAUUAGCUCACUGGAAUGACAUGCGUGGUGUACAUGGAGAGCAGAUUUGUCGUUGGCAUGUACUUGUUGAAUCUUAAUCAUCGUAUGACUGACUGAAAUUUGAUGAAUGCAUUAAAAUUUUCACUUGGGCUCAGCCCCAAGCAGUCAGGUUUCCAAGCAAAUGAAAAAAAAAAAAUUUUGAACAUUUGUAAACUUUGUUUAAUGAUAAAAUUAAUGUUCUUGGGCAGGAGUAAUGCUGGUAGCACAUUGGUAAUGCGCUUAUCCUGUCAUUGAUUCAGGCAGCAGGAUGGAUGAAUUUUUCAUGCCUACAUAUGGCUGUUUAACUGGAUAUGGCAUUUAACCCAGGUGCAAGAUUUCUGAUUUUUUGUCUUGCCUUUUGUACAAUUAUCUUUUUUCUUGGCCAGUCACCUGGGAACUUGUCCUCCAUACCAGUUUAUGUAAGACUGCUCUUUCAAUAAUAGCAUUUGUUUUCAUAAUUUAUGUAUUCCCAUUAUAACUCGUAAUUUGUUAACUUUUUACUUCUUGCUGCAGUUUUAUAUUAGUCAGUCUAACCACUGUUUGUCUCCUUGAUUAUUCUAUAUUUCAAAUGACAUUACAUCUGUGGUUGUUCCCCAUUUCUGAGGCUGACAGCGUCUCCACACAUUUUCUUGUUCCUUUUGCCUGGCCUGUUUGUUGAUAGGAAGGUAUCUGACUAGAUCAGAAACUUUAAGCAUUGUUGCUAUUGACAUUCCCUAUAUUUGGAAAUGUAAUAUUUGUAAUUGUGGUGAAGAAUUUCCCAAAAAUUGUAUCUAAGUGUUUUGUACUGUAUGGAAUUACAUUAGCAUGCUAAUAUAACACAUAAUUUAGUAUCUAAACCCCAUGUUAACCACAGUGUAAGUAAUAUUUUACACAAUGUGACAUUUGACUCAAUGUACCAGAUUUGUAUUGGUUAAAAGAAACUAUGUAUUUUUUAUACUAGAAAUUCUGGUCAUAUGACCAAAAUUAUGCACAAAAUAUUGUCAAUUUUUGAGGAUUAGACAGGUGAAGCAGUAUUUUCAGGUCCUGAUAUGGUGUUGUAUAUUCAGCAAAAUUUGUACGUAUUUUGCUUGUGCAUUUCUUUGUUUUGCAGCACAUAGUCGUUAAAAUAUUUUUUUUCUUUACUGGCAGACAUUAUUUCUCUGUGUCUGUGCACCCUGUUUGUCUUUGGUACAUUUUGCACUUUACUACGUUUUACAUGAAAAAUGUAUGACUUACCAGAUUUCUUUGGACAAAUUUGUAAAGAAGAGAGUAAUUUUAUUUCA